CGUAUGAUGUCCCCCAUACCGUUUUUGACGGGCUCUCGGACGUCGAAUAACCGCUCCAUGACGCAAAGUCAAAAUGCUACAUUAUCUUCUAAGGAAAAGAAGUACAUGGCGAAUGUGGAAAAGGCCCUUCAAACAUUUGAAUCUGUGGACGAAUGGGCAGAUUACAUUGCGUUUCUGGUCAAACUACAAAAAGCAUUGCUUACAAACCCUGAUAUGGAGACCACUAAUUGGGUACCAUACGACUUCCAAGUGUCAAUGACUUUAUCCAAAUGCAUAUCGCCAGCUUUGCCCAGUGGUGUUCACAAGAAAACAAUAGAGCUAUAUUCCACCAUUUUCAAGAUCCUCAAAGUUGAAAAUAUGAGCAAGUCGAUUUCUUUGUGGCUUCCAGGGAUAUUACCAUUGAUGGCAUACGCAAGCAUCAGCAUCAAACAGGAACUAUUAGACUUGUACAGCGACUAUAUUUGCAAGAUCGAGCCCAAAAUUAUAAGGGCGUGUUUCAAAUCCAUCUUGCUAAGCUUGUUACCAGCUUUAGAUGACACAACAUCGGAAUUCUUCAACUCCACCCUUGAGUUAUUCGAGUCUUUGAAGAGUCAGCUAAACGACAUACAUCAUUUUUGGCAGUGCCUGCUGUUGACAAUCAUUACCUCACCAGAUAAAAGAGUCGGUGCAAUGGAAUAUUUGAGCCGAAAGUUUCCUUCCUUUGCAGUUUCAAUCGAUAAAGAUGAAGAAGUCUCCAAAGAUACAAUUUUGGCCAAGCUCUCCGUCGACGCUGUUGCAUGUUUGACUCCGGAUUCGGGACUAAUGGUUAAGGCAUUGUGUGAAGCAAUGAACGAUGAAAACUUGUUUGUGCAGAGAGGUUUUUUCGACUUACUUCUUGCAAAGCUACCUCUAAAAUCUGCAGUCUAUAAACAUUUGUUGAGUGAAAGUGACAAUGAACUACUUUUCUUGCAUGUUACUAACACAGUUCUGAGGAAAGACAUGUCACUUAAUAGAAGACUAUGGAAUUGGUUACUUGGCCCAGAAUCUCAAGACGGCACAAUACCAUCUUCUGGAAUGUCAAGAUUAGAAUAUUUUCAAACUUACAGUUUGAAGACGUUGUCAAAUGCUUUGUCUCGGUUAGUCGAUCUAGAUACUGAGCGUAACCGAGAUAAGGAAGACCUGCUAGAUAAUUACGUCAAAGUGUGCAGUAUCUCAAUCGCUAUAAUGGAUAAGUGGGAAAUAGGACAGUCAAUACUCCCACAGUUGUUGGUACCCAUUUUGGAUGUGUCAAAGUACAUUUCGGAUACACAUCCUGCGAACUUUGAAAAGAUUCUGAAAUAUUCAAACGAGGUCUUUGAUGGUGUUGAAACAAACGUCAUUUGGUCAAAAAUUUUGGAUUUGAUCACAAACAAUCGAAUUGAAUUGGUGCUUUUCAUCCUAAAAUCUUACAACGUUGCAGAUGAGGACAUGAUAGUGACACAUGUGCCGCUCACUUUAUUAGCCGCGUUCUCUUCAUUCAGAUUUGAAUUAAUAUGGAUUCAGUUGAUUGAAAGUCUAAUCAAGUUGAUUCCUCAACGAGCUUUACUACCUUUAGAUCUUUCCAAUGAAAAAUAUCUAUCAAUGGAUUAUUAUACACAAGAUACAAAACUUUUGAAUGAAACCAUAAUGAGAGAGUUAAAUAAUUAUUACGAGAAAUUUAAAAACGUGGCAGAAGAUGCUGCCGCAUCCAAAGAAAGGCCUUACAAUGCUAACGAUCUAGCUGCUUUAUAUUUGGGUUUUACAUGUUCAAUAAUGAUCGAAAGUCUUGAAAGCAAUAGUGAGAUAUUUCUAUGCUCCACCAGAAUAUUUGAUAGUUUGAUUGCAAUAAUACCACCCUCUAAAAGUUCCAAAACAUGGAAUAUUGUUUUGUUGAGGGAAAAAGUAAAACUUUUGACAGAAGGGCAGUUUGAUGUGCAUGUAUCAGUUGGUAUUUCCCAUAUCUUCAAAUAUUUAAUGAAAGACUUAACUAAGCUUGAAGUUUUGAAGUUGUUAAAAAUUGUUCUGAAAUCUUUAUGGAAUUGUCUUGAGGAUACAGAGGGUGAGUAUCAGGUAGAAAUUGUUAAAGAGUUCUGGAGUCUCGAAAUGAUCGUGGAUACCUCCUAUGUUGAAGCUGCACUAUGUGAAUUGUUAUUAGAAUCAAAUUUCGAACAAAGACUUCGUCAGUUUAAUAUAUUAUGGACUCACUUGAACAACGACAAUAACGAGUCUAAGAUGAUUUUAUGCCGGCCACUAUACUUGAUUUUAGAUGAGCUCAAGGAUGACCUAUAUUUGUCACUGAUAACAAAAUGGAUCAAAUCAACAAUGAGUUCUGGAACGUUGAACAAAAUUUUCAGAAUAGUUUGUAUGGAACUUUUCAACAACGAAUUUAUUGAGGAAAAUUUUCAGUUAGACGAUAUCAAUGAAAUUGAUUUUAGUAAGGUUUCAUUUGAGCUAGAUAUGAUAUUCAAUCUACUCAAUAUAGAUGCCGAUGUCUUAAAAAAUUUCAAAACAGAGCUAUGUGUUAUUGACAACAGUAAACAAAUUGAUUUCAUCAAAACUCGCAACUGGGAUAUCUCAACAUACAAAUCGUUUCUUAUAGUUGUACUAUUCAAAUUUCUGGAGUUUGAGCCUACAAAAGACUUAGAAUUGGAUAACACUGUUUUUACAAGCUAUUUGAAAUGUCUUCGAUCGUCCUUAAAGUUGAUAAAUUUAUUGGUUGAUGGGAACGAGACAAAUUUUGAAGAGAUGAUCACAUCCCUAAUUCAAAAUUGUGAAGAAAAUUGCAUUUCAAAAGCAGGUCCAGAUAUAAGUAUCACCAACUCAUAUUACUUGGAGUCUAUUACCAAAAUGAUAAAGCUUUCCAGUAAAAAUCUGAAAAAAGACGUUUCAUUAUUUGACAAUAAUGAAAAAGUCAAAAAGCCAAUCAAUCUUUUAGAUUUUGUGACCAUAGGUAUAAGUAGUUGCAAAAAAGAGGUAGAAUUUAGCAGCUGGAUUGAUUUGAUUUCAUCCACCGCUGAAUACUAUCCGGAUCUGGUAUUUCAGAUAUGCCCUGGUUUGAUUGAUUGCAUAUGCAAUAAGAUUGAGAAUAGCUUUUUGUCAAGUAUUGAAGACUCUGGUCUAAAUAUAACAUUAGUGGAAAAUUCAAUUUGUGAAUUGAUAAUAGGUAUGGAGAAAAUUUUGGUGAAAUGUCAUAAACAUCUGGGAUAUAUCCUGUCCAACAAUUUUGGCUUUGGGAGUAUGUCAGGCACAGGGACUGUCAAAGAGUCUGGGUUUUUUGGAACCGUUAUACAAGGUGUUUUUCAAGUCGAAGCCACCGAUGAGAAGAAUGAAGGCACGAAAAGGAAAAGAAGUUUGAUCCAAUCGUUCAGGAGAUCUGUGGUUACGGUAUAUCAAAUUUGGAUUGCCUGCGAGAAAAGAUUAACAGUUGAAAAAAUUGGCCAAGCCAAUGAACCAGAAAUAGUUGAAAAGUUAUCCAAUGGCAAGACAGUCAAUUACUAUGCGAACAAAGUUAAAUUCAGAUGUAAGAAGAUAAUCGAAAACACGUACCUGAUGGAACCACUGGAAACGAUUGAAGCUCUGAUUGAAUUCUAUGAGGCUUCCAACACCGAAGUUGAAAAACUGUCAAAGUUCAAGCUAAUUCAAAUCCUUGAUGAUUGCAAACAGAAGAUAAUUCUACCUUAUAUUUUGGACAGUAUCACAUCUAGAGUUAACUACCUUUCACUUGACGAGACUAAAAGAUCAAGUUUAACAUCGAAGUUGAAUGAGUCGCAAUUGAGUCUAUUCUUGAUCGAAUAUUGUAAAAAAUCAGAUGAAUAUGAACAAAUUGAGGAAGUAUGGCCCGACAUUCAAAAUUUUCUGAAGGAUGUUUUUUCGAAUGUCUCAUAUUACAAACACAUUUAUUCAAAUAUACUACGGUUUUUCUGUGUGAUCAGUUGGAAAAUUGAGAAAACUAAAUUUGGCCAGUCCAGAAGGGUUAAGAAAGAAAUCAGCGAGAAUUUGAUCAGGAACAUUAGUCAAUGUAUAACUAUCAAGAUAGGUCCUAACCAGAACACCAAUACGUUAUCCGCUGUUAUGCUGCAAAGCCAUGUGAAUGAUAUUGACAACGAAAAGAGUUCAUCCAAUCACAACAGCAUACACAGCAAUGUGAACAAUGGUACAAUCAGCGGAGGUAGUGUUAGUAGCAGAGAGAAGUUGGUUUUUAGGGAAGAUGUUUGUAUUGCAUUAAAGGAGGUGAUACCAUAUUUGAAACCAUUGAUUAAUGACAAUGACAAAUUAUUGGCUACGCUGAAUAGUAUCAUCAAUGGGAUCAGUACUUUCAUAUUGAAAAAUGGUUCCCUAGAAGAAUUCCAGCUCAGUGAGUGGAUUUUCAUCAGCGACAACAUGGACGGAAUCUUCAACAGCUCCGUUGAGGGCGAAGAUGUUGGAAUUGUAGAGAAGAUGGGGAAGCGCCAUACGAAAUACAAGGUGGGCAAGAAUGGAGGAGUGUCCGAGGACGCUGGUGGCGCCAGCCACAAGAAGAAGGUGCCGAUCUUGACCGGAAUCCGGAGCAUCGAGAACGUUAUGGAACUCAAACGGUUUUUCAACAUGUUGAAGGUGAGGAAGUACGAGAACGAGUACGCCAUGAAGACCGUUGACGAGGAGAGCAUCUUUGCCGAUGUGUUUGCGGACGUGUUC